UCGGGGCGCCUGCGCAAGUCACUCUUCCUCAGACGGCCGCCAUGGCGGGACAGGAGGAUCCGGUGCAACGGGAGAUUCACCAGGACUGGGCGAACCGGGAGUACAUUGAAGUCAUCACCAGCAGCAUCAAGAAAAUCGCGGACUUUCUCAACUCGUUUGAUAUGUCUUGUCGUUCAAGACUCGCAACACUAAAUGAGAAAUUGACAGCCCUUGAACGGAGAAUAGAGUACAUUGAAGCACGGGUGACAAAAGGUGAGACACUCACCUAGAACUAUGCCAUCCUGCUGCUGGGAAGUUGCUUUACAGAACACAGGCCACGUGGGAAAGGCCCCAGCAGCCUUCAGCUCCUUAUCUCCUUAAAGAACAAUAGGGCUUUUUCUUGUUUUCCUUUUUUCAAAAGUGUGGCCUUUGGGCUCUGCCAUGUACAUCUUGGGAGUGUGAUGUGGCAUGGGGGAGAAGUCCAUGGGAACUCUUGGAAACAACAUUAGACAUUUUACCUUUUCAUAACAUUUUAUGGAACUACUUGUUGAUGUAUUUGAGGUGUUCAAAGCCAAAAGUCUGAGAUUCUUUAAGGUACUUCCACCUCUCACUGUUUUUCUCUCAGACUUUCCUCUUUGCCUCUGCACUGAUUUAGUGGACAGUCUUUGUCUCCUCCCCACCUUGGAUGGGAGGUGGGGGCAGUCCUGAUUGAGAUACUUGUGCCCUGGCAGUGGCUGCCAGAGAAUGUUGUUGCUAACCCAUGAUUUCCUUUUUGGGGGAGAUCAAGGCCAGGACCCCACUUGGCUUGAAGGGACAUCUUCAGAGUUUUCUUUCUGUCACUUGGGAUGUCUGUGCCUCUCAUAUUUCCUUAAUAAACUCCUCAACUUUAUGUGGCUGCUUUGAUUAUGGUGGGGAGAGGAACUAGAGAUGGUUUUAUCUAGUUCACAGAGCAUGAUAUGUAGGAUUAUUAUUCUAACUUAAAACUUUCAGAUGUAGCUGUUUGAUUCAAAGCCUAGGUAGCUUACCAGCCUGAGCCCUGGUUUUUGGACUUCAGCUGACUAAUUCAUCCUGGGUAUUGUUUGGUCAUUCAGCAGGUUACCAAGUAUUAUUAUGUAGGCACAUUAUAUACCAAUAAAAGAAAGCAUUGAAUCAGA